CUUUUUCCAUAAAAAAAUAAGAGCAUAAUGUGACAAACAAAAACCCAACCAUCCAAUUCCUUUGAUAGCCAACUUUCUCAGAGUACAAUCCCCACAAGUCCCAUCGUAACAGAUACCCGUAGUACUUUUGCUGCCACUUGCAUUUAUAGUCUUAUAACCUUAUUAGUCAUUGCAUCUCGUUGUCCUUUGAAGUUAUUCCAUCCAUUUUGAAAUGUUUUUUUUCGGUUGGAAGCUGUAGGUACCUAUCAAUUCUAAGAAGAGAAAAAGAAAGUUCAUGCCAUUAAAAUUGCAGACCGAAGAGACUUUUUAUUACAAUUUUCAAUAUAAUGUAUGAAGGGCCUGAUCUAAUAAUUUGAUAAAAUAAGCGGCAUUGCUUUUUCUAUAUAAAUAGUCACAGAUCCCUAAAACACAAGGCAUGAAAAACAAUAGAUAGCGACUUGACAGGGCUCUUGUUAUCAUCAUCAUCGCCAAACCCAAAGCUAGAAUCCCUCCGAAAUUAAAAAUAAAAAUAAAAAAAUUGGGUUUUCUGGACCUCCUACUAAUGCUGGACCUGCAACUGCUUUUUCCUUCACACGAGCGAAACGAGUAAAGAGCAGCAAUCAUGCAGGCCCUGUACACACAACAAGGACAUUUUCACAAAAUUUCCGCCUUGCCCACAUGCAUUCAUCCCCCUUAACAACCUCCUCACACGCUUAAUCCCUGCACUGCACAUGAUUGAGUGGGGAUGCAGAUUCCCAUCUUCACAGAUUUGGUAGCAAGUAUUUUAUUACAUACUUUUACUAUGAAAACAUUUAUUUGUACAUUUGGCCUUAUACUACAUAUACAAUGGGUUUCAAGUGUAAAUACCUUGUUUACUCUUUACGGUCUGACAGGUUCUUGAACUUUAGCUCUUGUAUACUCCUGCUCUGAGUUUGUUGCAGAGAGCUGCAGACUGACUUUUGGAGAUUUACAAGUAGUGGGCAGUUGCAGCUGUUAAGUUGUUUUUAAUGCACAUCAAUCCUAAAGGCCAGAUUCGUCAUGGUAUUUUAAGAAGGUUUAGGUGCCUUAAAAGGCUUUUGGGUGGGACUAGAUAUUUUCUUUCAGAGUACACAUCAAGCGUUCUGUCUGGCCCAGAGUGCAUUAAUGAAGUAAGUAUGUUUUGGGGAAGUGAAAGCAGUUACACAUCUCAAAAGAAUUCCAGAUUCAAGGGGUUAUUGGUGGUGGCUUUCGGCAAGGAUUAGGUGCAGUAUAUAUCUGAAGUUUGGGUGGAUCCAGAUGCUGUGUUUCGGUUUACUCGUCAAGAUUUCAGGUUGCCCCAGAUAAUAUUUAUGAGACACAGUUCUUCAACUUUGUUCGAAACUAAAUGUUUUAUAAAUUUUGAAUCUACACUUCAACAAUCUUCUUGUAUUUUCAGCAACAUAAAGCCACAUUGGACCUGGCCAAAGUUCGUGAUUCUGGAAAAAUAAAUAUAGGCAUUCUUAGUUUGAUCCUUGUCUAGAAAUGUCUUUUAGCUCUCAUUUUGAAAUGCAUUGGGUGCUUUCAAGCAUUUGGGUGCAUUCAGGUGUUCUGUUUUAGAGUAACAUCAAGCAUUUAGGCUGCCCUAGAAUGCAUUUUUAGCAUAUUGUGUUUUGGAAACUAAAAUCAGAAAUCGGUGUCAUGGAUUCAGUCCAUGAUGCGUACAAACAUUGAAGCCCUGAGGAAUUGGGUGGUAUUAAGCAUUUGGGUGGAUUUAGUAACUUUGCUUUUUAAUAACCAUAAAGCUUUUAGGAUUACCCAGAUUGCAUUUACAAGAGAAUUUUCAGUCUCUCUUGAACGGAUCCAGACAGGAACUGCUUCUUUUCUUCUUCUUCAAUGGCAGCGGCAUUGGAAUGCUGGAGUAGCAGACCUAGCAUGGACGAGGAAAUGCUGGAGCAAGUGUUGAUGAGGAGCGGAGAGAGAUCGGAGGUCGUUGGAGGAGAUAAUGCAUCGAGUGCUGCCAAAACCCAGAAACUUGAGAACAACAAUAACAAUAAUAAUGGAGUUAAGGAUGCUGUACAGAAGAAAUGGCAUAAGCUGGGAAGAAAUGUUGCAGGAGCUAUUAGUACAUUGAAAAGCACACUGAAUCUUGAUAAUGUAUCCCGAGAUGCAGCCAAAAAUGAGUGCAAGAAGGUUGUUUGGGGAAGUGUCCUGAAGAAUUUGACACGGUUGUACCCUGGGAGCCAGCUUCCUGAGAAGCUUAUCAGCAAUAUCAGGAAGCACUUCGAUUCGAUGCCUCUCAGCUAUGCUCAAUCUGGAUUUGAUAUGAAGGAAGUUUUCCUCCACAUUCGUUUGAUAGAGCAAGCAACAGAAGACCAUCCUGCAGUAUUCAUACAGGAACAGGGCAAUGAGAGAGAUCCAUCUACAAAUGCAUCUGAUUCCCCUAAAUCCAACUCAGCAUUCUCUGAUGAAGAUUUUUACCUCUUCAAAAUCACAUUUGCCUGCAAUUCCAUCAUUUCUUGGCCUUCUGUGACUUGUGCACUCGAAAAUGCUGGGAUUUCGUUCAAAGAAAUCCAGCUUUUUGAGAAGAAAAACUUCACGCUGGGGAUCAUAAUUAUUCAAUGCAGUCAAGAGAAGUGCUCCAAAACAAAGAUUGAGAGUGCCCUUAAAGCAGCCAUUAAGAAGCCUAGGGCGAUGAAGCUCACAUUUGGGCUAUGUGGAUGUGAGGGCAGAGAUUCCUUAGGGCAGGCCUCAACAAGUGCAGGAUUAGAUGAAGAAACUCUGCGAAAACCAGGAGGGGAAUCAACAGAGGAAUCUCAUUCACCAUCAAAAGAAUUUGACUUUGACUGGGAUUGCCCAGCUGAGCGAUCACUUAACAAGUUGAUAGAAAUGCCUCAUUUGGGUUCUUCUUUUACGAUUGUAGUUGAUGAAUGGCAGACAAUUUGUUCUGGCAAGGAAGAGCUUGGUAGAUGGCUUGUGAUCCCUGAAGAAGUAGAGUUCGUAGAACAGAUAACCUCAACACUUUUCAAGGGUACAUAUAAAGGCAGGAAAGUUGCUUUGAGAAAGCUAAGAGGAUGUGAAAGAGGUAGCUCUUACGAAGUAGAGUUUAGAAAGGAUAUCUUGGAACUCAUGACUUGUGGGCACAGAAACAUUCUGCCCUUCUAUGGAAUCUGCAUAGAUGACACCCAUGGAAUGUACACUAUAACUAAAUUAAUGGAUGGAGGAUCUCUCCAUGAACUGAUUCAAAAGAGCAAGAGGAUUCAAUUGAAGGAUGUGAUUCGUAUUGCUAUUGAUAUUGCAGAGGGAACAUUGUUCCUGAAUGACCAUGGAGUUGCACACAGAGACUUGAAUACAACAAGUAUUUUACUGGACAAGCAAGGGAAUGCAGCUAUUACAGAUAUUGGUAUGGUUCAACCUUGUAAGAUCUUGGGGGAGGUUGUUGAAUAUGAAACAGGUGGAUACAAAUGGCUUGCCCCAGAGGUGAUUGCAGCAGAUCCUGAAACUGUCUCAGAAACACCCAUGAGCAAUGUGUACAGCUUUGGAAUGAUGCUGUGGGAGAUGAUCACUUGCCAAGUUCCUUAUGCUGGUUACUCUCCUGUGCAGGCUGCGGUAGGCAUUGCAGCAUGUGGACUACGGCCAGAUAUCCCAUCAGACUGCCCUCCUCUUCUGAAGACUUUGAUGCAGAAGUGUUGGAACAGCUAUCCAUUGCAGAGACCUAAUUUCUCCGAAAUUCUCAAUGUAUUGCGCAGUUCAUUGGUAUAGUAUCAGUUGAAUGGAAGCUUCGGUACUUCUGUGUUAUGUGUAGUUUUUAUUGCCUACUGAUGUGCUUGAUUUAAGUUCCAAUCUGGCUUAAAAAACUGCAUAUAACAGAGCAGUCAAUAUAUAUUUGUACCUUCAAUUGGCUGUAACCUUGUAGCCCUUAUUCUACUGAUGUUCAUAACGCACAUAAGGCAUUUUUUAAUCAAGCAUGACCCAGUUGUUAAUAGCAUUUA